CGAUGACUGUACUGACUGUAUAUCCUUACGAGCUCUCAUUGCGAGGCCGAGGCACGAGAGCCAGCCAAAACAUUAGUAUUGGAGAGAUCGACUGCUACCUUAAAAAUAUCAAAAUGAGGGAUGUUUCGGUGUAUUUAGCUGAACAGAAAAGACAAGCUAAUGCAGACGUUGCAGCUACAUGGAAUGAAAUUGAAGAACUUUACAAUAAAAAAUUAUGGCAUCAGUUGACCCUCAAGCUCUUAGACUUUGUAAAGCAUGAACAGUUUGCUCAAGGAGAUGGACUCUUAAAGUUGUACGAGAACUUCCUGUCUGACUUUGAACACAGAAUCAACCCUCUGUCAUUAGCUGAAAUUGGUGCUGUCAUUGUCAGGCAAGUUCCAGAUUACAAUGAGGCAUUGGCCUUUAUCGACAAGAUCUAUGAGAAGGUCAAAUCAACUGACCAGGCUGGCAUACUGUGUAUGACGGUCAGUGGUAUGAUGAAACUGAAGGUCAAUGACCUGGAAGGCACAAAGGUCAAGGUGGAAGAGGUUCAGAAGAUCUUGGACAAUUACGAUGGAGUGACCACUGUCCAUGCUAGAUUCUAUGACCUGUCCAGUAAUUAUUACAAGGUGACCGGUAAUCAUGCACUCUACUAUCGGGACGCACUGAGGUAUCUCGGCUGCUUGGACAUCAAAGAUAUUGCAGAGGAAGAGAGGAGAGAGCGUGCUUUCAACCUAGGUCUUGCGGCUCUACUAGGAGAUGGCGUCUACAAUUUUGGUGAAUUGUUAGCACAUCCUGUCCUGGAAUCGCUACGGACGACAGAGAAAUCCUGGUUGGUAGAUCUACUCUUUGCAUUCAACAGUGGCAAUCUAGACAAAUUUGAAUCGAUGGCACAAUCUUGGGGGCAACAGCCUGACCUAGCAACAAGUGAGCUUCCAUUGCGGCAAAAGAUAUCUCUUUUAUGUCUGAUGGAGAUGACGUUCACAAGACCUGCUAACAAUCGCAGUCUUACCUUCUCAGAGAUUGCACAAGCCGCUAAACUGCCAUUAAAUGAGGUUGAGAUCUUAGUGAUGAAGGCAUUGUCAUUGGGCCUGGUGAAAGGUUCUAUCGAUCAGGUAGAGAACAAGGUCCAUAUGACAUGGGUACAACCAAGAGUGCUGGAUGCAAAACAGAUUUCCACGAUGCAAACCCGACUUGGAGAAUGGUGCGAAUACAUCAAGACCACACAAGUCAUGUUAGAAGACCGAGCACAGGAUAUUCUGGACAGAAAUUGAUUCAUUCCCGUUACUCGUCUUACUUGGGAAGACCCAGGGGGUGUUUCACAAAGAUUUAAGUAUGACUUAGAGUCGCACUUAAAUACUGGGUUGCGUAUGUAUGAGAUACUUGACUGCAUUGGUUAGAUCGUAUCAUGAUGACGCACACAACUGCGUAUCUAUCAAUAAGAUCGCGGUUGCAUAUCAUGUACUCGUCAGAAUUUAAGUGCCACUUAAGUCAUACUUAAAUCUUUGUGAAACACCCCCCUGAUUGAUGUCUUAGACAAGUUACUAUCCUGUUCAUUUCCAAGAUUAUGGAGUCAACUGGUUUAA